AUGGAAAUCGAAGCAUUCAUCACAAACUUGCCGAAAGUCGAGCUACAUAUCCAUAUAGAGGGCACCCUCACUCCAGAGCUCCGCUGGCAGCUAGGUCACAAGAAUGGCAUCGCACUGCCCUUCGAUUCUUUCGAGGAGCUUGAAGCUUCCUACAGGCCAGACCCUGACGACGAGAGAAUCGGCGCAGAUGGCCUGGCUAGAUUCCUUAAGCAAUACUUCGGAGGAUUGGAAGUCUUGCGUACAGCCUCGGACUUCUAUGAAUUGGGCAUGAGGUACUUCCGUUCGGCGGCUGCGAUGAAUGUUCGCCAUGCGGAGGUCUUUUUCGAUCCGCAGGCCCACACCGAGCGUGGUGUGCCUAUAGCUGAAGUCAUGCAAGGACUGCAAGAUGCGCAAGGACAAGCGAAGCAAGAACUUGGCAUGACUUGCGACUAUAUAUUGUGCUUUCUUCGCUCAAUGAGUGCUGAGUCGGCAGAGGAGAUCUAUGACUUAUGUCAGCCAUACCGUCACACUAUGUUCUGCGGCGUCGGUCUGGACGGAGCUGAGGCUGGCCGUCCACCACUCCUCUUCCGCAGCAUCUUCGAGAGAGCAGCUCGUGAUGGCCUCAAGGUUACCAGCCAUUGUGAUUUUGCGCAGCCGAAUACCCACGAGCACAUCAAGCAGUGCGCCAGUACGAUAUGUGGCACGGGUCUCGAUCGUAUUGAUCAUGGCCUCAGCGCCGCGGACAGCCGCGAGCUCAUUGAGAUGAUCAAGAACAACGACAUUGGAAUGACGCUUUGUCCAAACGCAUACAAUCGCCGCUGGAGUGACCAUGAGGUCUACCCUCUGAUACGCAGGCUGUUUGAUGCAGACAUCAAAAUUACCAUCAAUUCGGACGACCCGACCUAUAUGAAUGACAAGUGGAUCGUUCAUAACAUGCAGAUGGUCCGUGACCGGUGUCCAUUCUCGGACGUGGAGAUGAUACAGCUGGCGAAGAACGCCAUUGAUAUCUGCUGGGCUUCUCCAGCGAGAAAGAAGCAGUUGAUGGAUGAGCUCUUCAGAUACCAGGAUCGCAUGAUAUCCGGCAAGACUCCGGCGUGUAAGGUCGUCGAGAUAAGCGGACUUGUUCCGUUGCCGAGUCUUACAUAA